AUGCAUUUAAAUGUACCUCGCCAUUAAAGAUAUCAACAAAGAAAUAACAGAAAUCAACUUCCUAAUAAAAAUGAGGUCAGAGAUAAUAGGCAAAUAUCAUAGGAUCAUAGUAGAAAUAAUUCUGCAAAAAAUGUCUUGGUGAAAUUUAACCUUUAGCAUCAAGUAUCUAUUAGAAAUUUCAUCAUUGAAAGAAUACAGAGUGACUAAAAAUCAGUUGAAGAUCAACUUUAAGCAGCAUUUAAAAGCUAUGGUGAUCUUAGAACUUUGAAAGUGCAAGUAUAUCAUUAGAUAUCAGGAACAAUAGCCAAACUUCUGAGAGAUAGCAAAGCUACCAUUAAUUACAUAGGUACCCGAGAGCCUAAUACUCCAUCUGCAUAGAGAUAUUCAAGAAAUUCUCACACUUCUAAUAUGACUAGAUUUCCUCUGAAAAUUAGUAACCCUUCUGAGAUCAGAAUUAUAAAUAUUUUUGAAGAUGAAUAACUAAGUGAUGCUAGCAAACAGAUAAAUUACUAGUAAUUAAUGCAUUUGAAAAAAGCUAAAGAAAAUAAUCAAUAUUUUCUCUCAAUAAACUUAAGUAAAAGUCUUAAUACUACAGCAUCAAGUCUCCAUAACUAAGAUGAAUUCAAUUUCAUACAGUUUUUACAAUUCAUUUAAAGUUCUUAACCAGAAUAUCACUACAAAAAAGGCAACAUACAACACUAUAGUGGUUAUGAUAUGAGAUAAUAGACUUUUGCAAUUUCAAAUUUGAAUGAGAGAAAAUAAGAAGUCCAUAAGUUUAACAUCAAUGAGUAAGUUUUACUCUUUUAGGCAAUAAAGCUUUAUAGUCUAAACCUGAAUCACAUAUAGAGCUCCUCUAUUGAGUAGUAAAACAUUUAGACUAUUAAAAUGAUAGAGGAGAGAGAAAUGCGCUUAAAGUAAAAAGGAAACAAUAUCACAAGGAGAUUGAGAGACUUUCUAAAAGAAGAUAAAGCUAAAGCCUGCCUUAAAGGCUGA